CCUUCGCCUGUCAAGAUGCGUUCGGCUUCGUCGCCUGACGUAGCGGACCCGGCCUCGGCGUGACGAGGACGAGCUGGGUCGGUCAUGGCCCAGCCCGGGGAGACCCCGGCUUCGGAGUCGACCGAGGCUCUUCUUCAACGAGUAGCAGAACUAGAGAAAGCCAAUGCUGAAUUUCUACGUACAAAACAGAAUCUUGAGCAAGAAUUUAAUCAAAAGAGAGCCAAGUUUAAAGAACUGUAUCUGGCUAAAGAAGAGGAUCUGAAGAAGCAAAAUGCAGUAUUGCAGGCAGCACAUGAUGAUCUGGAGCAACUGCAAAAGCAGCUCAUGGAAGCACAGGCUGAAAUGGAGAACAUCAAAGCCAUUGCUACGGUGUCUGAAAAUACUAAACAGGAGGCUAUUGAUGACAUAAAGAAGCAAUGGCAGGAAGAUGUUGCCUCUCUGCAAGCUAUAAUGAAAGAAACUGUCCAUGAAUAUGAAGGCCAGUUUCAUCACAGGCUGGAACAAGAGCGAUCUCAGUGGAAUCAAUAUCGAGAGAAUGUUGAACGGGAAAUAGCAGAGCUGAGGAGGCGACUUUCAGAAGGUCAAGAAGAGGAAAACUUGGAGAAUGAAAUGAAGAAGGCUCAAGAAGAUGCAGAGAAACUCCGUUCAGUUGUGAUGCCCAUGGAGAAGGAGAUAGCAACUUUAAAAGAGAAACUGACUGAGGCUGAAGAAAGAAUAAAGGAGCUGGAAGCUUCAAAGGUUAAAGAACUGAAUCACUAUUUGGAAGCUGAGAAAUCCUGUAGAACAGAUCUAGAAAUGUAUGUAGCUGUUUUAAAUACUCAAAAGUCAGUUCUGCAAGAAGAUGCAGAAAAAUUACGGAAAGAACUUCAUGAAGUCUGCCAUCUAUUAGAGCAGGAAAGGCAACAACAUAAUCAGCUCAAACACACAUGGCAGAAGGCCAAUGACCAGUUCUUAGAGUCACAGCGUUUACUGAUGAGGGACAUGCAAUGGAUGGAAAUGGUGUUGACCUCAGAACAGCUACGGCAAGUUGAAGAACUAAAGAAGAAAGAUCAGGAGGAUGAAGAGCAAAGAAGACUUCAUAAAAGGAAAGAAGAGAAAGAGAAAGGCAACGAUGAUGAAUCAAAAGUAAUAUGCUCUACAGCUCAUGCAGAAGCCCUUCCAUCAUUCCCUGGUGAAGAGGUGCACAUUAACAGCACUCACGGUUCAGCCCACUCGCUUGACACAGAUGCAUUGCUGUCUUCAGGAGAAUCUCUCAAGUCGGACAAUGACAUGUUUAAAGAGGGGCUGCGUAGAGCUCAGUCAACAGACAGUUUGGGAACAUCAGGAUCUUUACAAGCCAAAAGUCUGGGCUACAACAAUAAAGCUAAAUCGGCUGGGAACCUUGAUGAAUCUGACUUUGGGCCACUGGUUGGGGCAGACUCAAUGUCGGAGAACUUUGACACUGCCUCCCUGGGUUCUCUGCAAAUGCCUGGUGGGUUUAUGCUAACCAAAGACCAGGAAAAAGCAAUCACAGCAAUGACCCCAGAGCAGGAGGAAACUGCUUCCCUUCUCUCCAGCAUCACACAAAGUGUAGAAAAUGCUUAUGUGUCUCCUAGCGGUUACCGUUUAGUUAGUGAAACAGAAUGGAAUCUCCUUCAGAAAGAGGUGCAAAAUGCUGGGAACAAGCUGGGAAGGCGUUGUGAUAUGUGUUCAAAUUAUGAAAAACAGUUGCAAGGCAUCCAGAUUCAGGAGGCUGAAACAAGGGAUCAGGUGAAGAAACUUCAGAUGAUGUUGAGGCAGGCUAAUGACCAACUAGAAAGAGUAAUGCGAGAGAAACAGGAGCUGGAGGAAUUUAUGAAACAAAGCAGCGAAGACUCAGUAAAUCAGAUCUCAGUGCUUACUGCUAGAGCUCAGGAAUCUGAUGCCUUACUUAGUGAAUUACAGCAGGCAUUUUCUCAAGCUAAAAGAAAUGUCCAAGAUCAAAUGGCUGUCCUGAUGCAGUCACGAGAGCUUGUUUCAGAGGAAUUGGUGAGGCUCCAGAAAGACAAUGAAAGCCUUCAAGGAAAACACUGUCUGCAUCUGUCUUUGCAGCAAGCUGAGGACUUUAUCCUUCCAGAAUCUGGAGAGGAACUCCGUGAACUGGUCCUCAAGUAUCGUGAAGACAUUAUUAGAGUACGAACUGCGGCCGAUCAUCUGGAAGAAAAACUGAAGGCAGAAAUUUUAUUUUUAAAAGAACAGAUUCAAGCCGAACAAUGUUUAAAAGAGAAUAUAGAAGAGACUCUCCAGCUAGAAAUAGAGAAUUGCAAAGAGGAAAUAGCUGCUGCAUCCAAUCUAAAAACAGAAUUGGAGCAAAUAAGAGUUGAUAAAGAGCAGUUGGAAUCCACCUUGAAAGAAAAAAUACAGCAGUUGGAAAACUUUCAGGAGAGAAAAAGUGGUCUCGAAGAGCAGCUGAAGAAGGAAGUUGCCACAAAGGCUAACCUAGAGCAAAUGAUGUUCGAGGAGAAAAACAAAGCUCAACGGCUUCAAACAGAAUUGGAUGUCAGUGAGCAAGUACAGAGAGAUUUCGUUAAGCUUUCUCAGACCCUUCAGGUCCAGUUGGAACGGAUCCGGCAGGCAGAUUCCCUGGAGAGAAUUCGUGCAAUCCUCAAUGAUACGAACCUGACUGACAUUAAUCAGCUACCUGAAACAUGACAGCCUCAAUAGCAGAGCUGUAAAGCUACAUUUUGGUUUUUGUUUUUUUUUUAACCCUCCUCUUUAUAGCAAAACCUUUAAUAAUUAUUUAAUUCUAACUGAAAGAGCAGAAGAUGACACAAGAGCCAUGGUCCAAGUUGUGUUUCUGGGAGGGAGAGGAAGGUUUUCUGUGUGGGAAAGAAAGUUUCAUACUGAGAAGAUUUGCAGGACCCUCCAGGGUAUCUGCCUUCAAUGGAGUUGGACUUCUCCAUAAAACUCCUUUUCCUUCAUCCUCCUGCUCUGUUUUUUUCCCUUAACCUGAUUCUGGAAUACAGCAUUCCCUCCCUCCCUCUCAUCCAGACCCUCUUAAAAUACUGUGAUGGAAGUAGUUGCUGGAAAUCAUCUCCUCCCAUCCCACCCCAAAUCUUUUGGAGUGAAGCUACAAUAGCAAGUUGGGCAGAAGGGGAAAAUAGUAUAUUGUAUUAAUAUUUUAUAUUAAAAUAUGAAUUUAUUUGCAGGACACUGGAUUUUGGCUUUUUCUAGCUCAGUACAUUUUUUGUACCUUGUAUGUUGUGCUGGAAGAGCCCCAACUAUUGUUAAAAACAUGUACAGAAUAUGGGCAGGAGAGGAUUGGAGAAGGCUGCAAAUUCUCAAAAAAGAACUUAGGCACAAGGAAAGAAUUGGAUAAUUAGAAUGGAAAAAUAAUAAGUCACCUAAAUUCUUGAGAUGAAAACCAGGGAAACGAAGGUGCCCUUAAAAAAAAUGUUUUUUUUUAACGAUCACUUAGUGAUACCAUUCUGCAUAUGAUACUUUGCCCUAGCUGAACUGAAGUUUAGCUUUUCAUCAUAGCAUUAUUUUUUGUGUGCUGGGCAGAAUAUAAUGUAUUCCCUCCCCACUGCCUUGAAAAGUGGAAUAAAUGGGUAUUUAAUCUUCCUAGAAAGAAAAGCAAGUAGAAAUAAGUUACUUUAGUUUCUCUCAUUACCCUCCCCCCCCCAAACACACAGUGCUGCAUUGCAAGACAAUAUCAACAUACAGCUGGAUCCAGUGUUAGUUACACUUUUCUCACUGAAAUACAUGGACUUAAGUUAGUCACAUGAUCAGUACACAUCUGAUUUCCAUGGGACAGAAAACUUAAGCUGUAUCAAAUUUAUAGUACAGAGGUGUUUUGCGAAUCUUCACUCAGAUCUUAGAAGGUCUUUUGCUUUGUACGUAUUGGUUUAAAGAUUCUUCAGCCUUUGCGUUUAAAAUUCCACCUUUAAGAUAAUGCUGAGACACCAGACAAGAAAUGUUUGUGAAGCUGCAGUUAUGCCUGUUUGGACUGAAUACUUCUCCUGAAAAGCAGGUUAUUUAUGAUAGAGGUCUGGGAAAUCUUGUUUUGGAGUUGUAUCCAGAGCAAGUAAGAUGCAUUAAACUCCAUAAUGGAAGUUUUUUGUAACUAGGUCUUAAUGGUUCCAGCAGGACCCAAAUGCAACUGAUUUGCUGUGAUCCAACUCUGAGGGGAAAGGAAGAUGCUUCUCUGAAUUUAGAAUAGAGCUUUAAAAAAGUUAAAAAUCUACAGUGGCACUUUGAAUUAAGCCAGCAUGAAACAACUUUGUAAUUUAAGUGUUUUUUCCAGUCAGGAGGCUGCAUGAUUACCUGGGUUCCAGUAAGAGCUUAUAAACUCCUAGGAACUGUUUUAAAUAAGUUUAGUGUAAAGUAGAUAAGAUGUGUUUCAUCCAUGAUCUGUAUUUCUGUUGCAUUGUUAUUCUUGUGGUCAAGCAGUAGUUGAACAGAUGGAUGUUGAAGUGGACUAAUGGAGUUGCAAGUAACUUUUCAUUCCCAAUUCUUCCACUCUCGCUACCAAGGUAGUAACCAUUAAUUACGACAUUCAUUUUCUGAAGACCAGAAUCAAUCUAACAGUCCUAAUUUAAUCAUGUUUACUAUUACUUGGUUCUUGGCUAACCAAGUAUUGAUCCAAUAUCUAGUUUUGUAUAUCUUAUCAAUGUAAAUAGAUGAACAGCCUGAGUGCUUCCCCGUUCCUGAAAAAGAGUUAUUGUUCCAUUUUACCUUUGGGUAGGCAUGGACCAUCAACUGAGCUUAUCUGUUUCAGGUUUUCUGGGAAGUAAUUGGGGUGAGGAGGAGGAGAAAGAACUUACAUGGAAUCAAGUUGCCCUAACUAUGUAACUGGUACAAAAUCAAAAAGCAUUUGCUGGAAUCCAGUCUGUUUCAAUCUGCUGGUUAGAAAAAAAAUAUGACAACAAACAUUGCAGUGACAAGAUAGAGAAGUGGACUUAUUACUAGGAAUGAAGAGUUUGCUCUAAUGAUUUGCAUUACUAUGAUUCUUUGUAUCUUUAAUAUAGUAUUAGAAGUGGAUUUACCCUUCUUCCCUAAUCCUGCUCAUGCAACUGGUAUAUCAUUAAAUAUGAGCAAAGAUGGCUUUCCUUUUAGGAAGCAGCAUUUUCAAAGAACCCUGCCAAAUCUGAUCAACCUCAUCUAAGCAUUUGUAUUGAAUUGGCUAAAAACUACAUAUUGUGAUUCUGGUUAAUUGGGGAGGUGAUGCUACAAUCUCUAAAGUAGUGAGAUUAGCUGCUGUAUUUCAGAAUCAUUGGGGAAAGAAAUAUUUAAACUACUGUGGAAGAGAAUGCAGGGAGGAUAGACCAGUAGUACAUUUAAAAUGUGUACAUAUAAUUAAACUUUAACAAACAUUGACAGUGUAAUACUGUAUAUCCACAAGUCUACAAACCUGAGAAGAAUUAUUAUAAGCUGCCUGUUCAUACAAUUUUUUAAAAGGGAAAGCUUGUUUUAAUGGCAGGAAAUCCUCAGUUCAAAAUUGAUCUAGUUACACUUGAAAGUAAACAAAUUGCUUUCAUAAUUAACAUUUUUUAAAGGCUAUAUGAAUCUGACCUUUUUAAUGUAAAGGAUUAGUUAAUUUAUACCAUUAGUUUUCAGUCUCUCACUCCAAGCCUUAGCUACUACAAAUAGGUAUAAUGUGGUGAUCUGUACUGAUUUAAAGAACAGGAGUUGUGUGCAGAAAGAGAGGAAAGAGCAGUAAGGUUAGGUCUGUUCUGUAUACUUUUACAGUCUUAAUAUGUGCACAACAGGUUCUUCCAGCAUGUCAAAUGGUAUACUUUUACUUUUGUAACUCCUGUGGCACUACUAUACAACUUCUAACAAUACAGUUUGGCCAAGGAUAAGGGUGGGAGAUGGGUAAGUAAUCUAUAUAGUCCCUUUUUUAAAACAAAAACCUAGCCUUCAGAUUCCACACGUUUGGAAUUAAAUUGCAUUCCAGCAAAAGCCACUGGUGUCCUGUGAAACUGUGGAUGUAAAAUCCUGUCUACUGAAUUUAAAAAAAAUGUAACCAUUUGUUAACUGUAUUGGAGGUGUAUCCUGCAAAAGUGUUCCAAAUUAAAGGAGAAAAGUCUUGCAA